AUGUCUUACUUAUGUGCAGUUGGUGAGGUGCUAAUUCUUCAAAAUAGAAAAGCGAAACUCCGGAAGCAAGAACCCAUUACACUAGGGAAACAAUAUGCAGGCUCGCGUGUCAGUAGGGAUGCCCUGGAAGCAGAAAGUGACGAUGAUCCUUUUGCCAAACGAACCGAUGAUCAAAGCUCUGACGAGGAGCUUAUGUCCAACCCGGACGAUGAGGAUGACUCCGACGACCCCACCCACGGAGUCGGGGUGGGAAGCGACGACCCGCUGGAUGACGAGAAAUCCGAUGCGUAUCGACGGGGAAAGAUGACAGGCAAAUCGGGUUCUUCGUCUCGGGCGCAGCCGAAGAGUGCCUUGAAGAACGAGAAGGCGCUUUUGAGCACGCAACGGCAACAGCCAGGAAGAAAGCUAUCGAAGGAACUGCCCGAACUUGAUUUGAUUGACAUGGCUAGCUCAUCGGAUGGCUCGGAGAGCGGCCUCGGCGAGGACGGUGCCUCCGGAUCUGAAUUAGAUGAAACGAAUUCGGAAAUGGCGGCCUCGGACGACAUAUCCGACGAUGAAGACGAAAGCGAGGACGUGGACGAAGAUGAUGAGAGUCUUGAAUCCGGCAGCGAUGACGAACCAGGUGUUGGUGUUCGGAAGCAAGCAUCCAAGAAAAUGGACGGUGUGGUUAAGAACGCUAGUGCCGGCCGCAAGCAGGGGGACGAUCGUGAGGAACUGAAAAGGUUGAUGGCAUCGGAUCAGAAAACCAUUGCCGCUACAAUUUCUCAGGCUGCCAAAGCAGACGCUGCCAAGGGGAAGGCUGUGAAGGAACAACGUACCACUUUUGACGCUCUGUUGAACACUCGGAUCAAGUUGCAAAAGGGGUUGAGUGCGAUUAAUGAGAUUGCAGUGGUGACAGGAAUGGGAGGCGACGGUGAUACGGCGGAGAGAGGCAGCGAUGAAGAUGAAGCUGCAAAUUCAGAGGCCAUCAAAUCCGCCGAAAACGCCGCUCUUGCGCUCUGGUCUACCCUCGAAGAGCUCCGCACCGCCCUCGCCAAUGCUCAAACCAAAGAUGGCAGCAAUAAGCGGAAAGCUCCUGGGCCUAUUACUGAUUCAACAUCGACUGCCUCGCUUUGGGAGCGUAUGUCUGACUUGGAAACCGAGUCCCUCAUUCACCGUCGUGCCAUUCUCGACAAAUGGUCUGCGAAGGCCCGAGGAGCGUCCGCCUCUGCUUCAAACACCCGUGGCAAAUUACUGGGCUCGGCUUCUGGUACCCAAUCAAUCACUGCCGUCCUUGAUGCACAUGUUGCUACUGAAAUCGGCAAUCAUCCAUCCAAACGUGCGCGUCAAGCCUCUGUGCCCAAUGGCUCGAACUCCGGCGAAAGCAUUGAGCCAAUCUACGAUGACACGGCUUUCUACCAAGCACUACUCCGCGACCUAGUUGAGCAGCGCAUGUCCUCCGAGGUAAUGACAGGUGGCCUGGAUAACUUGCACCAACUGCCGUCCCGUUUGCCCAUUCACCCGAUUACUGGCAUGCGAAAUGACAAAAAUCGAAAGGAGGUUGAUACUCGGGCCUCCAAGGGCCGCAAGAUGCGUUUCAAUGUCCACGAAAAAUUGCAGAAUUUCAUGGCACCUGAGGACCGUGGCUCCUGGACGGUCCGGGCUCGUGAUGAGUUCUUCGCUUCUUUGUUAGGCAAGACUGCUAGUGGUCUGUUGGGUGAAAGAGAUGAGAGUGGGAGUGAUAUGGACUCUGAUGAAGAUAGGGAGGAAGGUGGCCUGAGGCUGUUCAGGAACUGA